UUUUUGCUAUUUUUUUAAUUAAUUUUAAGUGUCGCCGUAUUUUGUUGUUGCCCUUCUCGACGGACGGAAGAUAGAGAAGGAAAGUGAGUGAGGGAGAGAGACGGAAGCUACGGAAAUCGGCAAUUUAAUUUACAAUACAACAUUAGUACCGACAUAAAAGAGGAUAAGGGCGCCGCGCGCAGGAGGACCCGAAAAAUGUUUGCUGGAAUACGAAAACGCCUGGCACGCAAGCAGAACGAAAAGGACUGCGAUGAGGAUGACAAGGACGAUGUACACGACAUUAUGCCGCCCCCCAACUUCAUACAAAUCUCGCAGGGCAGAAUCCAAUUGGUGCAUCAGCCCCGCAACCCGGACCCCUCCGACACGGGCACGCUCUCCUUGGAGCGGAUCAAUGGCGGCGGCAGCCUCGGCUCUGGCGGCUGUGAUAAGGAUUUGUUGGAGAAGCGGAUGAUUGAAGUGGAAGGCGCUCUGCUGCGUUUGCAGAAGGAGUUCCAUAAAAGCCAAUGCGGGUCGCCAACGUUCGAGAAGGAAUUGCGCGAGCAAAUUGAGAACAUGAAUCGCAUUAUGAAAUCCAAAGAGCGCAAACAAAUGCAGACAUGUCGGGAUCACAAGGCACUGCAGACGCGCUUCGCCCGCCAGGAGAGUCUGCUGCACUCCAUGCAGCAGGAGAACCGGUCCCUGCUCACCCGUAUCCGGCAGUACGAGCACUGUUUAGACGACGUGAUGCGCAAGGUGGUGGACGCCAUUGUGGCCGAGGACAAUCUGCGCGAGGAGGUGAGCAUGCUGAAGGGCCGUGUGCGGGAUCUGGAGGCGCAGAACGCGGCGCUGUCCGCCAGUCCGGUGAAGGGGCGGGACGAGGGCUACUGCACGAUGAGCAGUGGCCAGCCGCAGCCGUCGAACGGCCACCUGGAGGAUCUGCCCGAGGAGCCCGAGCAGUGGUUACUACCGGCGGAGCCCUGCUCAACGGAAAUGGAGGACUGGAGCAUGUCGCAGGAAGAGCUGGCUGUGAUGACAUUCGACGACGAGCGGGAGCACCACCAGCAGCAUCAACGGAGGAAGCGCGACCACGACUGGCUCUGGCCCUCGAGUGACUUCAUCAACUCGACCACCGUCGAGACGGACUCCGUUGCCGACGGCAUUGCACAGCUGCUGCAGCAAAAGAUUGUCUACUCGGAGGAUGAAGAGGUGGCCUGCACGGACUUCACGGACGACUUCUACAAGCUGGUCAACAUCCGCUCCAAUUCGUCGCGCAGCCUCUACUCCUACCUCGAGGGCGAGACGGACGACGAGGAUGACGAUGAUGAGGCAGACUCGAGCAUGUCCGAGAGCCAAGCGGCACACACGGCCCGGGCCGCCACCAGUCCCACGCCCAGCGAGGCGGGACGGGCUCAGCUGACGAGCUGCUCCUCCAGCGAAACGGACGAAAACUCGAUCAGCCACCCGCCGCCGCCGACGGAGUCGCAUCAGGAGAAGGAGGAAGAGCCUGACUACGCGGUCAUUGACGAGUGCCGGCGCCGCGUCAGUGACAUCGAGAUCGAGGACGUGCCGCUGAUCAUGAGCGCCACGCCUUUGCAGCCCCUCAAUGAGCAGCAAUGCAUAGCGCAGAUCAUCAAGAGCGAGCUGCGACGCCCGCCCCAUGUGCUGGUAAAGUCCAAGUCCGUGCUGGAGGAGCAGGAGCCCAGCUGCAUCCUGCGCCACAAUCAGCGUCGCGAGCUGGAGUCCACGGUAGUGCGCAGCGACAGCAUCAGCUGUGCCCUGAUGGCGAAAAUUGCCAAAGAGGCAGCGCCCCCGUCACCGGCGAUCGUGUCCAAGCUGAAGGAGCGAAUUCUGAACCGCCAAUUUUCCGCGCCGGCGACAUCGAGUCCGUGGCGCCGGAGCAAUGGCUGGAAGCGGGUGACGUCCCCGGUGCAGAUACCAGCGGCUGCAUCCCCAAAGAAGAAGCAAGCCAAGUCAACGGAGCUGCCAAAGAGCUGCCUGCCCAAGGCGGUGCCCACCAGAAUUCCAACGAGCAUCAAUUCAUCGACGUCCUCCACCUCGUCGGUGUCGUCAUCCUCGCCCUCGCCUUCGUCUUCAUCUCCUUCGCCACAGUCGCCCCAACAACAACAAAAGCAGCAGCAGCAGCCAAGACCCUCAGGACAGCAGCAGCGCAAAUCGAAAAUUCCUCCGCCAGUUCCUGUGCGGCGAUCCUAUGCGAGCUAAGUGGCGGAGUGGCGUCGCCGUUAAAUCUCAAAUGAAUAAUAAUCGUCAAGCAAACAAAUAUUCAAAGAUUAAAAAGACUAAAUUGUGAUAUAUUCAAACAAACAAACAAAAAACAAAACACAGAGGGAGAGUGUAAGAGUGUGGAUGAGAGCCAGCAGCGAGUUUUGUAUGUAAGAAUACGAGUAUUUAUGUAUUGUAUAUUGUAGAUUUUUGGAAAAUGUUUUACUUUGUAAGCGGCAGCACUGCCAACUGUUUCCCCAAUUAGAGGCCCCCCACACUAAAGAUUCCCUGCCCUGAUGGCUCGCCCUGCUCUAUGUCCUGUAUUUCGUAGAGCAUCGCGGUUGCAGCCUCCGAAUCGGGCUAUAAGUUGUACUAACUAUUAUACAUACUGCAUAUGGCAUUCAGUACGAUGAGUGUAGGAUCUUUGUCGCUGGCAAGGAGCCAUUCAAACUACUACCAUACUAUUAGAUGAACUAAAACCGUAGUCUUCCGCACAAAUCGAGUGUAUUCGCAGUAGGCAUUUGUAGACCUGGUUAUCAACAUUAACGACUAAGAGUAACACACACACACACACUCACACUACCAACAGUUGGACAUUUGCAUUUAAGGGUGAAAUUGAAGUAUAUAUGAAAUUGCAGUAUAAAAUGCAUUUAGGUACGAUAUAUACAUACUUAUACUAUCUAUAUACACGAGUAUGGUUUCUAAGCGAACAUAAAACGACAGCAGUAACAAUAACCUGUACAUAACAGACCCCAAAAGUCGAUUCAAAUCCCUCUUCUAUAUGUAAAGUAGUUAGCGUAGCACUGCUCUGCUCCUCAGGCUGCUGCCACCGACUAAAUAAUAAUCGCAGCAGCCCGCAUCCUAAGUAUAAAUACGUAUCGUAUAGAUAUAUACACAUACAAUAUAGAGAACAGA